CUUGCAGGUUUGGCACUGGCUACGACGAUUUUUUUGUCAAGCAGCACGAUGUUCUGAGAGACGUAGCACUUCGUCUGAGCAAUCAUGUGGAAGUAAAUAGGAGAGAGCGGUUACUGAUGCCGAGAAGAGAGUCCAUGCUUCCCAGAGAAUGGGAGGAGAACAAUAAUCAGCCAUUUGAUGCUCGGAUAGUCUCCAUUCAUACAUGUAAGAACUCUUUUAACUUUGUAUGUAUUAAAUUGGUGAUUGCAUGAAAGAGCUUGAUGGAUUUUUGUGUUGUCAGGGGAAAUGAACGACUGGAUUGGUUUGACAUGGAACUACCUAAGAAAGAAGUUUUGAUACUGAACUUUUCUUCAGACAAGUACGUCUUGCCACCGUUUAUUUGUAAGAUGGGUAGCCUCAAGGCGCUUGUGAUCAUCAACAAUUCCAUGUCUUUUGCGUGUCUACAUGGCUUCCCACUCUCGGCCAAUUUGGCCAAGCUGAGGAGUCUCUGGCUCGAGAGGGUUCACGUUCCUGAACUCUCUAGCAGUACCAUUUCACUGAGAAACCUUCACAAGACGCAUCUGAUCCUUUGUAAGAUGAACAACAGCUUUGAUCGAAUGGAUUUGGAUAUUUCCAACAUCUUCCCAAGCUUGUCUAAUUUCACAAUCGAUCACUGUUAUGAUUUUGUGAAACUCUCGACCAUUUGUGAGAUCGUCUCUCUCAACUCCCUCAGCAUAACCAACUGUCCGCGCAUUCUUGUACUGCCAAAGAAUCUGAGUAAACUACAGUCCCUUCAAACUCUUCGGCUAUAUGCUUGCCUCGAGCUGAAAGACCUACCAGUCGAAAUUUGUGAGCUGCCGUGCCUAGAGUACCUUGACAUUUCACAGUGUGACAGCAUAAAUUCUCUUCCUGAAGAGAUUGGGAACCUAAAGAAACUUGAGAAAAUCGACAUGAGAGAGUGCCCUUUAUGGGGUUUACCGGGUUCUGUAGAUGCACUCGAAUCUCUCCGCCAUGUGAUUUGCGAUACGGAGGCUUCGUAUAUGUGGGAGGAAGUCAAAAAGGCAGUUCCAGGACUUUGCAUCGAAGUCGCUGAGAAAUGGACCAAAUGUUACAGCUUGGAAUGGCUGGACGAGUAAGCUCUUUUGAUACCUCGGACUCUUAAUAACCUCUUGUACAAAUCAUUGCUCAUCAGAGCAAGUUAUGUGUACUUUGAAAUAUCUCUCUAUAUUUAUAACAAUAGAACAGGAGCAAGUUCUAUUGAUUGUCAUCAACCACAACGAAAAAGAAAACCUUGUUCAUCUAUGUCUGAAAUUUUUCCAUCAAUUACAUGGCAUUUUGUUUAUGAAAGAUACCAACUUUAUUAUUCCACAACAAAUAAAGAGGAAACUCAGAGACUUAAACUUGUUUCAACUAGCUCUUGGAUCCAUCCCUUGCUGCCAAA